AUGCGCGCGCCCGCUGCGCUCGAGUGCGCUCCGCCGCCGGCGGCAGAUGCGCGUGCUGCGCACCCCGCACUUUUCUCGAGCGGCGCCGCCCUGCCCUCGCGACCUGGGUCGCCUAUCUCGACCAGCGACACCGAUGAGCACGAGCACGAGCACGACGGCGAGGCGGGUGACGCGACGGAGCCGUUGCUGCCGCGGUACCGGUUGGCGACGGCGGACGAGGUCGUCGAGGAGAAGGACGAGGCGCGGCGAGGGCGACGACGGCGGGUGCAGCGCAUCGCGGUGCUGGUCAUCGCCUCGCUUGUCCCCGUCGGCAUCACCGCGUCCCUGUUCGCGGCCACGUCGUCGUGCUCGACGGCCAAGGCGUCACGGCCGUACGAGAGCGAGGCGCUCUCCUCGUCGAUGCCGCGCCUCAACACCUCCUUCGCCCCGUCUCUCGCCCAGCAGUACCUCGCCGACCCCGAGUCGGUCAACGACGGCGUCCUUCCCUUCGACUCGACCGCGUUCGACCCUCUCUACCGCCCUGUCCCCCUCGAGCAUCCCCUCUCAACCUCGUCCUUCGCCUCGUCCGCCUCCUGCUUUGAGCGCUACAUCGCGACGGGCACCAUCUGCACGGCGUACGACGGGCGUUGGACCGACGAGGCGGCGCGGCCCAAGCUGGACGCCGUGUGGACUUGGGUGAACGGCAGCAGCGCCGAGCUCAUGACGAGCUGGCGCGAGGAGGCGGCGCAGGAGGGAGCGAGGCGGUCGAGGGUGCGGCGGUGGACGAGGAGAGCGAUGCGGGCCGUCAGGAGACGGCUCAGAGGAGCAGCCGUCCUGCGGCACUUCCGCGAGCACGACGAGCUGCGCUUCUCGGUGCGCUCCGUCGUCCAGUCGCUCGGCGCGUCGUCGCUGUCGACGCUCCACCUCGUCGUCGGCGACACGUGGGCCUUCUCGCCCGCCGACCGCGAGCGUCUCGAUCCUGACGACGUUUCUCGUCAGCUCCGCCUUGCUCAGCUGCCGCACUGGCUCGACCUGUCCAGCAUCGCCUUCUCGGAGCCGCAGGUCGUCGCGACGACCUCGGCGCCGCAGCUCCUCGUCCAUCCUCACUCCGAGAUCUUCAAGGCCGGCCCAGCUCUCGGCGCCUCGGGCGCUUUGGCGUGGCAGCAAAAGGUCCUCCCCUCGUUCAACAGCCUCGCCAUCGAGUCGCAGCUCGCCAACAUUCCCUCUUCUACUUCCGCCUCGACCGCCAUCUACCUCAACGACGACUUCUUCUUGCACCAUCAACUCGAGACGACCGAUUUUGCCUCGCCUCUUGCUGGCCCGGUCUUUCGCCUGCAGCGCGACCUCCUCGUCAAGGGUGUCGCGCCGGAAAACGCGCACGAGGAUCCCGAGGGCGAGUGGCGAGGACUCGGCUACUCGGCAUGGCUCCUCGACCAACGGUUUGGCGAGCGGGCCCGGCCGUACCUCGUGCACGUCGCCAAGACGCUGUCGCUGCCGAUCGCUCGCGAGAUGCAGCAGGUCUUCCUGGCCGACAUGACUAAGACGGCCGAGUCGAGAUUCCGAGGACGAGGUCCGAGCGAGGUGCAGCCGCUCUUCCUCCUCACGCACUACACGAUCGAGAAGCACCGCGAGGCUCUCUUGUGGUCCUUCCUCGUCGCGCGCUCCGACCUCGACCGCUCGGGCACCUACUCGCACGCCGAGCGCCGGGCCCUCCUCUCCUCCCUCGGCCACGAACUCGACUCGCCCUCGUCUUCGCACAUCCUGCAGACGUUCCGCCGCAUCGCCUUCGACAAGCCGCAGUGCGGCGACUGCAUCAUCGUGCUCCUCGUCGGCAAAAGCGGCGAGGCCGGGCUCGAGAGCUUCCUGCCGCCGGCGAGCGAGGGCGACGGCGCUUUCGCCGACGAGGCGUCGAUGGGCGAGCAGCAGGCAGAAGCCCUGAGGCCGCAGGCGGUCGGGCUCGAGGGUACCGACUGGCGCACGAUCGACUUCUCGCGCGGCCUCGAGGACGAGGAGCAGGGCAGGAAACCGUCUCUGCGAGCCAAGUGCGCCGCUCUCAUCCACCGUUACAGCUACACGCUCGGUUCAUCGCCCGCCGCCUUCGAGUCGAUCCGGCACGGCGGCGACCUGCUCUCGGCCCAGCUCGACAAGCUCGACGCUGCGUUCUUCGCGCUCAACGACGACGUCAUGGGCGCGUCGGCGAGCAGCAUGCGCGACGUCGACGAGCGGCUGGAGAAGUGGUUCGAGAAGACGUGGCCGGCGCCGAGUGCGUGGGAACGUGCGCAAUAG